AUAUCUGGAAGCAUUAAAACGACUUUGAUGUCAAUAAUGUCCGUAAAAUGAUAAUAUACAGUUCUUGUUUAGCAAACACUUGUCUUGGUUGAUACUGUUUAGACUUUGAUAAUUUUUUCUUUUACUUCAACAACACUAUUUUCAUAGAAAUUUAGUAAAUAUACAGCCGUACUUCUUUUAAUGACAACAACAAACAUGGCGGUCAGAUUCCUUGUUGUCGUGUUGGCAGUAAUAUCAACAGCAAAUGCAGUGAAAUACAAGCAAGGAGAAAAGGUUGUUCUCUAUGUGAACAAAGUUGGUCCAUACUUCAAUCCACAUGAAACAUAUCACUAUUACCAACUGCCAGUUUGUCGGCCAAAAAAGAUUGAGCACAAAAGUCUGACUUUAGGAGAGGUUUUAGAUGGAGAUCGGAUGGCUGUUUCUUUAUAUGAAAUUAAUUUCAAGCAGGAUGCAGACAAGAAAGAGUUGUGUAAAGUUACGUUUAAAGAGAAUGACCUGCAAUUACUGCGAGACGCCAUUGAGGAUCUGUACUACUUUGAAUUUGUUAUUGAUGAAAUUCCAGUGCGAGGGUUCAUAGGUCAUUUAGAAGAGGGCGGCUUUCUUCCACACAAUCACAAAAUUUUCCUCUGGGCACACCUUAGUUUUCAUAUUGAAUACAAUGGUGAUCAGAUCAUCUUUGCCAAUGUUUCAACAAAAGAGCAAGCUCCAGUCGGUCUGGAUUCAGUGUCAGCACCUUUUGAAGUUUCUUUCACCUACAGUGUAAAGUGGACCAAAACAAGCACACCUUUUGAAGAGCGUGGGAAGCGAGUUCGAGACACCAGUUUUUUCCCCAAGUAUCUGGAGAUUCACUGGCUGUCCAUCAUUAACUCAAUGGUCCUUGUGUUUCUUCUGAUCGGGUUUGUGGUCAUUAUUCUGACUCGAGUAUUAAAGAGUGACUUUGCUCGAUACAAUGUGGAUGAUGAUGAAGCUGAAGCACUUGAUUCGGAUGAAAAUGGAUGGAAGAUCAUCCACACUGAUGUUUUUCGGUUUCCUCCUCACAAAAAUCUGUUUUGUGCAAUAUUAGGUGUAGGGAGCCAGUUUUUAGCCUUGGCUACUGGUAUAAUGGUCAUGGCUGUUCUGGGGAUGUUCAACGUUCACAGGCACGGGGCCAUCAACUCGGCGGGAAUUGUCCUUUAUGCCUUCACGUCAUGCAUAGCUGGAUAUGUUGCCACAAAUACAUACAGGAAACUGGGUGGAGAGAACUGGGUCUGGAAUAUAAAUCUUACUUCCUGUCUGUUUGCAAUGCCUUUCUUCUUGAUCUGGGCAGUGAUAAACUCGGUGGCUUGGGGCUAUGGAACCACCCAGGCCCUACCUUGGACCACUGUUGUCUUGUUGAUGUGUCUUUGGAUGUUUGUUGGAUAUCCCUUGACUGUAAUUGGAGGGAUUUUUGGGAAGAAUUGGGCACAUGGAUUUGAUGCUCCCUGCAGAACCAAGAACAUAGCGCGGGAAAUUCCGAGUGUUCCGUGGUACAGAUCAGCAUUCGCUCACUGUGUGGUCGGGGGGUUCCUGCCCUUCAGUGCCAUAUCAGUGGAAAUGUAUUACAUCUUUGCAACCCUCUGGGGUCGGGAGCAGUACGCCCUCUACGGAAUUCUUUUCAUCGUUUACGGAAUUCUGAUUGGGGUUACGGCCUGCAUCUCUGUGGCCUUGACCUACUUUCAGUUGUCAGCUGAGGACUAUCGGUGGUGGUGGAGGUCGAUUUUCAGUGCUGGGUCCACUGGCCUUUUUGUGUUUCUGUAUGCUCUGUUCUACUACUUCAAGAGGUCCAAUAUGUCGGGUGCCUUACAAACAAUUGAGUUCUUCGGUUAUACCUUUCUCACUUGUUAUGUAUUCUUCUUAAUGCUGGGAACUGUUUCCUUUUUUGCAUCUCUGCAUUUCGUGCGAUACAUUUAUGUAAAUUUGAAAAUGGACUGAUUGGGAAAAAUAUCAAAUACAAGCCUCAAGACCUUUUUCUCUUGAGGAGGGAAUUGUUUAUAGUCAGCUACACUACUGAGACUCAUUUAAAUCUGGUUCAUAGUUUAAGGAGACCGGCUGGUCAGUUAUUGAUCCAUGCAGGUGUCUUUAAACUAUAUGAACUACCGGUACAUUAAUCAAAUUUAACAACGUAGUAAAAAUCACUGAUUAUUGAUUUAUCAAGCUAAAAGUUAAGCAAUUUCUUUGUCUUGAGGAUGAAAGAUGUUUUAAAAAUCAAUCCUGUUAGCGUCAUCAUAAAUAAGAAAUGAAACAUUCACUGUCAACCUUCAUACACAUAGCUGAGGCAAAAUAAGUUGGUAAGAUCAAGCCUGAAGUCUCAUUUGGAUGUACCAUAUAUCUUGUUUGUCUCUUUUUGAUGAGUAUUUUCACUAUUUUUUUUUUAUUUGCAAUAGUUAUGUUUUGUAAUGAUAAAAGGUUUUAUAUAGUACAGAUUGACCAAAAAAAUUCUGUUUUAUUUUUGAGAUUGGGAAAUGAUCAGGAAAAGUUAAUAUACAUGAAGCAUAUGCAGUAGUUGCUUUUCACUUAAAUUUUCAAAUGAUUUAGCUUUGGUGAGGAAGUAAAUGUGAUUGUCAAAUGGGACCAAGGAUUUAGAUUAAAAAAUGAUUGUGUAAAAUUUAUUUUGAUUCCGUUGAAUAGAAAUACAUGCAAUACUAUGAUAUAUGAUUUUUGUGAAAGAAAGAAACUUUUUUUU